GAACGAAACCCAGCAACUCCUCACUCCGCACCGACGCGCGGUGGGCAUUCGCGAGACAAGUUUCGACUUUCGGCGAGCCGCGAAGUUCUUCUCCAUGCCGCGCCCGGAACUUCUGAUGGAGAUGCAAGAGGGCGACGUGGAUGUUGUGCAUCCCGAGCCUAGCGCCACCUUGGAAGAGGAUGUAGACCAGGACACAGAGAGCUGCAAGCGAAUCGAGUGGGAGGAGCUUUCGCAGAACUUCCAGAGCCAUUUGGAUGGCCUGAGUCAGUUGUUCCACCAGGUCUUGGCGCAGUACGAGCUGCCGACCUCGAAGGUGCCGAGCCCAUCCGUCAAGCCAAGUCUGAUGAAGCAGAAAAGCGGCGUGGAGGAGGGGAAGCUGGCCAUGGUUCCCUUCAAGACCAGCCGGCCAAGCCUGGUGCUGAAUCAUCAUCAUCAUGGGAUGAUGGAGUCGAAGCUUUCACGGAGCAGCAGCGCAGUGCUGAACACCGACGAGGAGGUCAAGAAACUCGAGGAGCAGUUCGAGCGCCUGGACAAGGAGAGCAACGGGAAGCUGCAAAUGAGCGAGCUGCUGGAGGUCGUGAAGAAGUUCGGAAGCGGCUGGGAGUUGGAGGAUAUGCUCGGGCUCCUGCACCUUGUCAGCAACGUCGCGCGCGCGGAGAAGGGGCCCAACUCGAGGGCUCUGGCGAGGAACGCCUCGACGCCUGCCGGGCACUUGGUGAGGAAAUUCGUGAAGACCCCUGGACAGACGGAGCACUUCAGCGUGGAUUUUGCGAGCUUCAAGGUGCUUGCCAUGGAUGACUCACUUGUCACGGAUCAACACAGCCCGGUGGUGAACAGCGACGUGAAGCUGCUGAGGAAAGCGCUCAAGGAAGAGGCGAACCACUUCAAGUACAUGGAUGACGGCCACCUGCAGGAGAACGUGCCGGCCCACACGGAUUGCAGCGGUCUGCGGAAGAGCGCCACCAUGAUCUUCGAGGUGGUGCCGCCCGUGGUCAUCGCGGUCAACAUCGUGGUGAUCGGCCUCUCCGUGGAUUUGCAGAAGAGGGACGGCAGCGACUCACGGGUCUGGCAGGUGCUGGAGUGGCUCUUCCUGUUCUUCUACUUCCUCGAGGCCAGCGGAAAGAUCGGAGUGUUUGGCUGCCUGUGGUACUUCUGCGGCCCAGAUCGUUGGUGGAACAUCUUUGACUUCUUCUGCCUCUGCUUGUCCCUGGCAGACUUAGCAAUCUACGUCUACGUCCUGAUUGCCCAGGUGGAGCAUUUCUUCGACCUCCAGACCCUGAUGCUGGUGAAGAUGUUGCGCCUGGCGCGCCUGGCGCGGCUGGUCCGGGCCCUGCGGUUCCAGAUCUUCUACGAGCUGAAGCUGAUGGUCCUGGGUGUCAUUAGCGGCAUGCGGGUGCUUGCUUGGGCCAUGGUGCUCUUAGCCAUCAUGAUAUACUCCGCCGCCAUUGCCACCACCAGCAUGUUCGGCGACAACGUGCCGGAGCUGCAGACGGUGACCAAGUCUAUGUUCACCCUCUUCCGCUGCUUCACGGACGGCUGCGUGGCCUAUGAUGGCACCCCGCUGUCCGAGAAGCUCCAUGAGAUCUACGGCAUGAGCUUCGUAAUUCCCUAUGUCUUCCUCUUUGUGGGCGUGACACUGGGGCUGUUCAAUUUGAUCAUGGCGAUUUUUAUCGACAAUGUCAUGGCCAACCAGAUGCAGCGCAAACUGCAGGAAAUAUCCAACUCGGCCAAGCAUGUAGAGAUCGAGAUCAAGGAGCAGCUGCUGAGACUGACGCUGCAGAGCAAGUCCAAUGGUGUGCCGGAGGACAUCGAGACGGAAAUCAUCUCCCUAGACGAUCGCUUCAAGAACCACACCGCGCGGGUGCGCGCGAAGUUCGAUCUGCUGAUCGAUGCGGAGGUCAUCAUCACCAAGGCCGCCUUCUUAUCCUGGCUGACGGACGCCAACUUCCUCAAAGUCCUGAAGGAGGCGGACAUCGAGACGGCCAACCAGUCAGGAAUCUACGAGGUGCUCGACGCGGACAUGAGCAACAGCCUGAGCAUCCAAGAGGUCUACGUGGGCUUGAUGAGGCUGCGAGGGCCCAUUGCCAAGUCGGAGAUCGUGGGCCUUAUCCUCAGGUUGCGGCACGUGACGCAGCUGCUCAACGGGGAGGAGACGGAGGACCACCACCACUUUUGAGGUUUGAGGCUUUUCCUGAGGUGGGCGUGUCUCAAAAUCGCGGGUCUUCCUUCAUGUUGGCUUCCUUUCACUCAUCAACCCAGGACCCCAAUUAUUGUGGACCAGG